CAAACGGAGCUGCGAAGGCGGUUGCGGCAGAGCUCUUUGACGACGAGAAGCAUAUGGUGCGCAUUGACAUGAGCGAGUACAUGGAGCAGCACGCCGUCGCUCGCCUCAUUGGGGCACCACCGGGUUACGUGGGUCACGAGGAAGGCGGGCAGCUGACGGAGCCCGUGCGCCGUCGCCCGCACACAGUGGUGCUGCUUGACGAGGUGGAAAAGGCACACCCAUCUGUGUUCAAUGUGUUGCUGCAAGUGCUGGACGACGGCCGGCUGACGGACUCGCAUGGAAGGACCGUUGAUUUCAGCAAUGCCAUCGUCGUCAUGACGUCCAACCUCGGGUCUGAGCACCUUGUCCACGUGGGGAAUUCUCCAAAGGGAUGGGAGGCGACGCGUGAGAAGGUCUGGCAGGUGGUGCGCAGCUACUUCCGCCCGGAAUUUCUCAACCGCCUUGACGACAUUGUACUUUUUCGCAGGCUGGGCUUUGGGGAGCUUCACGAAAUCAUUGACCUUAUUGUUGCGGAGGUGAACGGACGGCUGAAGUCCCAGGACAUCUUGCUGGAAGUGACCGAUGAGGCGAAAAAUUUUGUUCUGGAGAAAGCCUUUGAUGCCGAAAUGGGCGCCCGCCCGCUGCGCCGCUGGGUUGAAAAAUACAUCACCACCGAGGUGAGCCGCAUGAUUCUUGCGCAGCAGCUUCCGCCGAACAGCACUGUGAGGGUGUUGGUGAACAGCAGCCAGGGCAAACUUGCCUUCAGCGUUAAGCGCUCGUCUUUGUCGGAGUGA